GUCGGACGAGCGAGCAUGACAGGGAGGGUGCCAAAUGUAGGCAAUCGUUACCAUCCAUAUCGGAGGCAUUGGGCAAAGUGGACAAUCAAGCCUCAUUUGCCUCCACAACCGUGCCGCCACCACCGCUGUCCUUGAAGACGACGCAUCUUCCGCAGUCACAGACUGCUGCUCCUCCAUCCCCGCCACCCCGGCGAACAUACCCCAUGGAGCCUCCUUCAAUGGCCGCGUCAAGUACCUAUUCGGGAACGGCCAACAACUACUCGCAUCAUUCUCAGUACCGGCCGGAGCCCACUCGUCAGUCUUCUUAUCCCCCUCCGGACUCAGCCCGUCCUCCACCUGCAUCAUACGCUCUUCCGGCAGAGACAAAGUCAACUCAUUCGCAGAAUCCACCAGCGUCGUCUCGCCCGCUGCCCCCAUCAGCGGCUUUCUCUCGCGCGGAAGACGCCUCGCCCUCCUACGAGCAGCAAUAUUCCGCGAAUGUGGCCAAUUCUUCCACCUCCACAGGGCGUCCUUCGAGCUUGCCCUAUGGGUAUACUCCUUUUCCGCCACGUUAUGCUAAUGCGACUCCACCUACGGGUAACUCAUCGGGGCCCAUAUAUCAGCCCUCUACAACGUAUGGUCCACCCCACAAUUCGCAACCUGGUUGGAAGUCGGAGAGCUCCCGUUAUGACGAUCGUGGCCUAAUUCACCACAGUGACAGCGUGAAACGACACUUGGAUUACUUCGACCUCGAGGCAUCGUUGAACGAGAUUUCAUCCACCAGUGGCAUCUUGAGCGACUUCUCCCGUCGCUACGGUGAUCGCAUGCAUCACACACAGCGAUCAGGGGCCUCGCUCAAUACCCUUCCCGGACUGGUCGAACUCGAUGAUAUGAUCAACAAAUCCCGAGCGGCGCAUGAUUCUCUGAUGAAAAUCCGCGACGUUGUCCUGCAACAGCAAGCAGUGUAUGAACAACAAGCUGCAGAUCAACGACAACAGCACAAAUUGUACGACCAACAUUCCCAGUCUGGACCGGAUAUCCACCAGCAACAGGAAGCCGACGAAGGCAAAGUGGGCGGGUUCGCAGGCAACGACACGAAGAAGCGUCGAGGCCGCGCCGCGCCCCCUGGACGCUGCCACAGUUGUAAUCGAGCCGAAACGCCAGAAUGGAGACGUGGACCAGAUGGUGCUCGAACACUGUGCAAUGCCUGCGGGCUGCACUAUGCCAAGCUCACACGCAAGAACAAUGGGACCAACAAGAACGCCAACACUGGUAGUUCGAAUUUACGGCCAAAA